AUGGCGGCGUUGCUUCUCUCCGAGACCGAUAUCAAGCACCGGUCCAUGGCGGAGGAGGAUCCGAACGGGAAUGAGCACAGGGCGGCUGCACGCAGCGCGGAGCCUCGCUGGGGACCGCAGCACGCCGGGGCCCGACAGCUAGCGAGGCUCUACUCUCCCGGUCGGAGAUUAAAAAAUUGGGUCGCAAAAUAAAAAUGUGUGAUUCUGUGCCUCUUGCUUUUCUUCAUCAACUUCUCCUUCCUCCUCUUGCACUUCUCCACCGUUCACAUCUACAAAAUCAUCCUAGGCAUCGUUUAUAUCCCUCUAUAGGCAUUUAUUCGCCCGUUCAGGGAGCACCACAUUGACCCAACCGCCAUCACUCACCAUGACUUCAUUGAGACCAACGGUGACAACUGUAUGAUCCCCAUCCUACCACUGGCUAACAUGGCCUACAAGUUCCUCACAUACACACCAGGUUGGUGCAACUUUCCACUGGACCAGCUGGGCUUUUGGAGACGGAUGGAGCAACUGAUCAAAGGAUUCACAGGCCACAGACCGAGAUCAGAUGACCUGGCGUGGGCCAAGAAGACCGACAGAUAA